GUUGUAAUCGUACUUAUUAUGGUGAUAUUGGUUUAACUUAUUCCUUGGAGUUGCAUCGUCCCAAACAGGAUCGCCUGCCUUAUGUGUGUGUUUUAACAUUUACUGCUGCGGGAGGUCAACAUGGUGAUGUUGUACAGGUAACUUUGGAUAGUUUUACUAUAGGACGUUUUACCUCAUAUACACAAGAUGGUUGCCCGGAUGGUUAUAUGCAAAUAGCUGAAUCAGCCCGUACACCCAUUGGCGGCAUGUGGUGUGGCACCUCAUGGGGACCAGUUUUAUUUUAUAGUGAAUCUCGUUCUUUGAUAUUUACCAUUAAAUUAAAUAAAUUAGCACGUGAUCAAAGCGGUUAUAAUUUUGAUUUUCGUAUACGAUAUAAAGUUUUAUCCCGUGAUAGUUCUGUUACACGUUAUGGUGGUAUUAAAGUUGAAGAUCUCCAGCAGUGGCAUAAUCGCAGCAGUUUCUUGCAUCAAAAUGCUGUAGACGAUUUCACCAAUACCAGUGGGGUGCACUCGGAUCGUUAUGGUCAGGAUUUUAGUUUAUUUAGUGCUUAUGCCAAUAAUAAACUUUUUUAA